AUGAAUAAGUUUACACUGAAGUUCUUUAACUCUUAAUUGGAACUCUAAUAUCAGAAUGAAAAAGUCGGAAGACUCAGAAAACCUGUAUUUUAUGUAUUCAUGACACUUGGUCUGAUACUGAAUGUUUCGAAGGUGCUAAUCGAUUUAGGCAAGUUGUAACUAUCCUAUCAAUACAUUAAUUAUAUAUUGAUUGCUCUGGCUGUGGUUUUGAUCCUCAUAAGUGUGAAAUGGCCUCUUUACAUCAGAUACACACUGAUGAUUGCCAACAUUUCAAGCUCUUUACUGUAGUUAAACUUUCCCGAAAAUACUAAAUCAUAAAUGUAUUAUAGCUAUGGAAGUAAUUUUAUGGAAUUUUAAGCCUGUGCUUAUUUCGUCUCAGACUUUUUGGAUAGUGUGGUCUAAGUCAUCUGUCACACCAUCAUUAAACUCAUCAUUACAAUAUAAACCACCCAGCAUAUCGAUCCACAAGAUGUUCUCAUGGGCAUAGGAGCUGCUAUAAUGAUAGUAAUUGUUAUAUACAUCUGCGAUGCCAAUGCGCGCAAAGAGUUCUUGUCCAAAAUCUGUGAGAAUCUCUUGGAUAAAUAAUUAUCUGAAUUGAUUAAACUUCCAUUUUUCGAAGUCACUUACUGCUAAAGGCUAUUAUAGUUCAAUUUUCUAAAUGGCAAAGACUUACUUCACUUUCCAAACUACGAUGAGGAACUGUGUGAUGGGUGCAAUGUUAGGAACUUUUUAAGAUAAUACAAAAUUGAAGGACAAGAAUUAUAGGAGUUCUUAAUGAAAAACUAAGAGGGUACAAUAAAAAUUAAUAUUUCAAAACAAAAAUUCAAUCUGAGAGUUGUCAACUUGGGCAUAGAUCACAUAAACAAGAUCGUUAUUUUGGACAGUCAGCAAUCCAAAAAUAUCUCUCUUAAUUAAUCUAUAAAAAAACCAAUCAAAAUUUAUAUCCAGCAAACUUCACAGAAAAAUAACCAGCUUUUCUUUAAUUGGGGUAUCAUCUCGUUGUUGCUUAUCAAUGACAACAAAAUCUAAGAAUUAUCGUUAUUUAAGAUCUUAAGUCGAUUCAAUUCCAAAUUUUCUAAAUAAUCCAAAAUCAAAUUUCACUUGAAGGGAGAUGAAACACUCACUAUUUCCAGUUACUCUAAUUUAAUCAGGAUUUAUUUAAUACAAAUAUACUAAAUAAUUACACAUUUCUAUGAAUCUCAAGAAUCAAAAAACCAUAAACCAAUAACCAAGCCUAAAAUUUUUCUAAUCACCAUGAUAAUCUACAAAGAGGGCGAUUCAAUUAUCCUGCAAUUGCCACUUACAAUUAACCCUUUGUUUUUCAUUAGCAAAUACUCAAAUAAUUUUUUCAUUAGAUAAAUCGAACAAAAGAUUCUAAACUCUCCAUUAACAAGUGAUUUGAAAAUCUAUUUUAAUACAAGCCUUCCUUUCAAAUGA